AUGGCGCUAGAGGUCACGAGCCAGGUUGCCGACUGUGUGGCAAAGAAGUAUCGCGCUUGCAAGCUUGAGCUGGAGUGUAUGAAGCGGGCACAAGACGAGCAAGAAGCGGUUCAGAAGCAGACGAUCAGGCAGAUCUUCGCCAGUAUCCAGAGCAUCGAGGGCGGCAUAGAAAAGAUGGGUGAUUCGCUGAGGCGUUACAUGGCCAUACACAUUGCCCUGAUGCAGGGUGUUGAUGUAGUGGAAGCGGACGCGCGAGCCGACCAGCAGAUCCAGAACAGAGCCGGUGACGGACUGGAUGCAGCGAUUGCACAUUUGCACAAGGCUCUGUCUGACUUGGGGGGUGAUAGGGAGGAUGCUGUGCAAAACGCUGCGGAGGGAGCUGCAACGAAUUAA